UUUGACUUCUUCUCCAGAACCACUGAACUACAAUUACAAUCUAAUUAAAAUCAGACCUUCUCUAACCGUUACACUGGAGAAGGAUCUGACAGCAUUGCGUUUAAGGUCAUGUUAUUGACCCUAGUCUCAUGAAUAAUUCAUCAAACAUUUGACCAAUCACAAUAGCUUGACAAAACACCCAAGGACCAAUCAGAAAUCGUUUUACGAUAGCGUCUUCGGACUUUAAAAAAAAAUGGCGAUGGAGGAGAAAAUAAAAUUGUGUUUAAACGAAUUUCAAAUACCUGCGUUAAAAGAGGAACAAAGGAAGAUUUUAGAUGCAUUGUUGGAAAAGAGAGACUGCUUGGCAAUUUUACCGACGGGAUUCGGAAAAUCACUGCCGUACCAACUCCUCGUUCCUUUGAGAAGAUGCAUAAGUCCAGAUGCCGACACACCGAAAGUGCUCGUCUGUGCACCUCUAAUCGCACUGAUGGAAGAUCAAGUUGAACGAUUAAAGCGUAUCAAAGGAGUAAGGGCCUUUAUAGCAGGCAAGAGUAGUGACUGUGAUGAUGAGGUGAAGAAAGGGCAGUUUGACUACCUGUUUGGUUCCCCAGAGCUAUUAGUAGGAAGCAGUGAAUGGAGAUCAUACAUACAUGGAUUCAACAUUCAGACCAUAGUCAUCGAUGAAUUCCACACCAUUGCUACAUGGGGUGAAAAAGAAAAAGAGGAUAAGGAAGCAUUCAGAAAAUGGUUUGGAUGUGUUGGAGAACUCAGGUCAUUGCUUCCAGAGGCUUCUGUGCUUGCCCUUAGUGCAACAUGUACCAACAAAAUAAAGAAAAGAGUGCUGAAAGUCCUGUCUUUGAAAGCAGGAUUGUUGACAAUUCAGAUUUCGCCAAAUAAACCAAACAUAAAACUAUGUGUUGAAAAAGUGCCACAUGAAACAGACAAAGCAUUCUCAUGGAUUGUCGAUUCCAUAUUGGAUGGGUCACUACAAAGGACGUUACUGUACUGCACCUCAAUAAACGACUGUUCAAAGAUAUAUUCCUAUCUUACUUCAGAACUGCAAGCAUUAGGAUUCAUGAAGUACAUUGAGAUGUACCAUUCAGAAACACCUGAUGACAAGAAACAAACAAUUAUUGAGGCACUUCAACAGGAAAACUCUCAGUUAAAGCUCAUUAUUGCUACAAAUGCCCUUGGGAUGGGAAUUGACAUACGGAAGUGUCAUGGAGUCAUUAUAUACGGUGCUGCAAAAAGUGUGCUUGAUAUGGUGCAAGAGAUUGGAAGAGUUGGCAGAGAUGGCCAUCCAUCAGUAGCCUUGUUCUUAUACCAUGGCUAUCAUCUCAGUAAAGCAAGUGAGGAUGUCAAAGGAUUUCUUAAGGAGCAAAAAUGCCACAGGUUAACAUUAAUGGGCAAUUUCUUGAAUGACGAAGACCUUAAAAAGCUUGAACUAGAAGAAGUUGGAAGACAUACAUGCUGUGCCAUUUGCCAUGCAUUGUGCAAAUGUGAAAAAUGUACAUACACUGACUUAGAGCGUGCAUUCGGUUAUUCAAAUUCACAUGAAAGGCAAACUCAAAGUGAAAGUGACACUCAUUCAGAAUCUGAUGCUGACUGAACUUUGACAAUGAACACCAAUAUUUUAAAGGUGAAUUUGUUUUUGAAUGCUCAAUAUGGUCAACUCAAGAAGCUUUGCCCAUGAAGUUCCUAUACUUUUUGUCCACAGAAUGUAAACUUUAAGACAGAUAACAUAUCAUCAUUGUAAAACUAGCAAUAUGAAAAAAUGAUACUUCCACAAUGAGUUUUGUACAUUUAUUGUAAAAAAGAAAUAUGCGUGUUUGUAUGCCUUUACGUUGCUUAACAGCAUUCUAUGUUAUUAGUGACAGUGCUUGUAUAUUUCUUUGGUAUAAAAUGUAUAAAAAAAAAAAAAAAAAAAAAAAAAAAAAAAAAAAAAAAAAAAAUUUAUAUGAAUGUGAUAUAUCAGUGGUCACUUCAUUGUUAAGCAACUUUUACACAUAUAGAAUUUCACUAUCACUUAAAAGUGGUAGAGAUCAUGCCAUUGAGCAAUACAUCCAUUACUAUAGAGCAGUCAUGCAAGCCAUUGCAAGGUCGCAUUUGCUUUCAUAGUGUGGAGUCAUGAAACACCAUGGGUGCAUGUUUAUUCAAAACCGAAACAAAUGAGAAAUUGUGACUUUGAUGUGCUUUUUAAAUAGUCCUGAUUUGAGCUAAUACACUAAGAAGUUACUUAAUUAUCAAUUCAAGUUGCUUUCAACAUAUGGAAAAGAUAAAUUCCAGCAAACUUUAAGCACAUAUCAGUAAGAGAAAAUGAGCAUCGUUUGUUGAUUGUAUCAAUUAAAUUAUACAAAGAAAAGUUCAUUACCAUGAUUUGAUAAUUAUCUGUUUGAUCUAAAACAAGCCUUAUUUCAAUCCAAUUUGUCAAUAUACAUGUACCAGUAGUUUGAUACAAGUGAUAAAAAGAGCUCAUAUUCUAUAGCAUCUGAUAAUACUUUUGACAUUCCCAAAAGAUAAUACAAUGCGAUUCCACAUAGAAAUAAUAGAUGCCAAAAUACUUGGGUCACUGUAAACAUUUAAUUGCAAUUAUGUGCAUGAUAUAGCCUGGCACAACACAAGAUUUAACAUGCUUACAAUCAUACAGGACAUUACAGUUUUUAGCUCACAUGCAGUUAAUCUUAAUUAAAGUGGAACUCGCACAUGUUAAUACAAGUUUAUUACUCAUCUGGGGAAUAAUAUGCAAAUUGAGGAAUGGCUAUUAUCAAUCACAAUAUCACAUUUACUUUGGUUAGGCCUAUAGGUAGUUCUAAUUUCAUAUGAAAAAAUCUAUUUCUCUAUGCAAAAAUAAUUUUCUUUAUCAGAAAUGCCUCCUCUCCCAGCCCCUCCCUAACUCCAAAUUAUAUCAACAAGAGUUGGAUUUAAAUUGUGGUGGAGCACUUUAAAAUCAUUAUUCAAAUGAAUUGUACAUAAGCUUUUUAGCUCACCUGAGCUGAAAGUUCAAGUGAGGUUUUCUGAUUGCCUGUUGUCUGUAAACUUUUCAUAUUAACAAAUAUGCAAAAAUAGGGUGAUGUCAUUUAAAAAGAACCAUUGAGCCAAAAGAGCUGAAAUUUAUAUGCAAGCUUCCUCACAUAGUGCAGAUUAAAGUUUGUUAAAAUCAUGGCCCCCGGGGUAGGAUGGGGAUCUCAACAGAUCAAAGUUUAACAAAGCAAAAUGAAUAAUUGUCCUCUCUAGAGCAUUUUCGAACUACUCUAAAUACAAAACUUAAAAUAAAGAAAAGUACAGUACAUAAUAUCCAAGUGUCCUAUUCCCAUACAAUGAAUUACAAUCAAAGUUAUCAGGAUUGCAUACAAGCAUUAGUCAAAAUAAUUCUUUAUAA